GAGGCCUUGAAGUGUAGUCAGUGUGAUGGACAGUGCUGUCAAGGUUCAUCUCAGAUUCCACUCUUUGUUUCUUACACAUUUCUGGGCGUCAAUUAUGAGCAACCUAAGCUGGCUACAACAACUAAACCUUAAUCAUUUAUGGUUGUGAAGAUGGGUGGGUGGAAGCUGGAAGUUGGGAAGAUGGCCUUGUAUAUGGCCUUCCCUGUGGCACUCUUUUAUUUAUUCAACCAACCCAAGUACUUUGAGGAGUGGACUGUUAAGAUGAGACAGGAGCUGUACCCUCCUCUAGAUAAAAUGCACCAUAAGGAAAUUGAGGACUGCAUAAGGAAAAUUCAUGAGAGGAGAGAGAGGGAGCUGCUGAAAACUCUAGAUGAGGAAGUGCAAAAAUAAUUAUUGCAAUGUACAUAUACUGUACUGUAUAAAAGAUAUAUUGUGAAAGUUUAAUAGUAAAGUGCUGUAUAUGA